CUUAGAAAAAUUAAACUUUUAGGUGUGAAUUGUACCUUGAGGAAGAGGAAUCAACAGAUGGAUCGAGGCGGACGAACGACGAGCGGCGGCGCGGUCUUGUCAGUGGUUUCCGGUGUGCUGCUUUACCGGUUUCUUCCGAUCCCAUAGACGCGUGUGUGGUGACAGUGAUGAAUGAGUGGGUUAUGUUUGGCAAUUGAUAUACGCCCCCUCCAACUAUGGCUAACGGCGCUCCACUUUGUUCUUAAAUGACAAUAUUGCCCUUUUGGAAAUCAGUAAAUUUUCAACUUGAGCUUUUGCAAGUGAAAGGAAAUAGUUUGAAGAUCAAGAUCAGAUUGGGAUUAAAGAAAGAUGAAAAUAUAAAUGGUGGCUGAUUGUAUCUGGAAAAGUGAAGAGGGCUUUGGAGUCCUCAAUGUCGGAAGCCUAAAAGUCUCGAGGCACAUAGGUCCUAGGCGGAGGAGCAUAAAUUUGACAUUGUGCCUUCGUCGGUGUCUAUCCAGGCUUAUGGCUAGAGCUAACUUAGAAGAUCAACUGAUUGGCAUUACUCAAAAGCAGAGGUACGCUUCUUCGGCCAGCGUAUUAGGGAAGCUUCACCUAUCGGGAUCUCCAUCAGCGCCUCAUUCUUCCGUCUAUCACACCUGCUUCACAAUCUUCAUAUUUGUUCAGUAUCAGUGGAGAAAAAAUAUCGAGAUCUCCGCCGGGGAUAGUGAAGGUAUGUUAACGGCUGUCCGAACUCAGUGGAGGAAGAACUCAACGUUGUGGCUAGGUAUGCUGGCGAUAGAUUCUGACGAGAAAGACGGAAGCAAGACCACCAGUUACAGUUGAAAAAAAGAAAUUGAUUUUGGCAUCUAGAUUGCAUGCUAUGUGUUUGAUGAAAUUCCUCAACGAAGCUUCUAGGAGUGGGAGAAGCGUGAGUUUUUAUUCUUUUUACAUUAAAUAAAAAUGUGAAUUUUUCCUAUACUUCCAUUUCUUUUGAGAUUAUUUUCUCUGAUUUCACUCAAAGAUCCAUCUAUUUAUCAUUCAUCAUAAUUAUGUUGGGAUUUUUUUUGUUUACGAGAUGUUUGAAAAUUGCUAGAAACCAAUAUCAUCUAUGGCAGCUAGAAUGUUUUUUUAUGUCAGCAAUAUGGCAGCUAGAACAUCAUGCAAUUCCAUCCGCAAUAACUUCAGAUCAGCUUCCCAGUUAAUAUUGUCUUUCGGAGAUGCAGGCGGAUUUAUAUCCUGGAGAUGGUGUGUGCCUUGAAGUGGUCUGUAAACAGGCGACUAAAGCACUGCGAGUAAAAUCUUGAUUCCACUAUCGCGGGUAAAGUCGGCGACUAAAGCUGAGCCGCCGCCGCAAGAAAGAGGGAAGCCGUCACAGAUAUCUUUCUGGAUGACGUAGUAAUUUUUUGCAAGAACAUAAAGAAAGGUAUCGCUCUAAACAAAUCUUUGUACACUAUAAGUUACAUGCUUGUGACCAGCUACUCAGAAGCACCUAGCGUAGAGAAGAAAAGUCAAGGUAUUUUUUAUUUAAUUUUAUCUUACUUUGUCCAGCGUUGACUUCUUCUUCUUACAGGAUUAAUUUUCUAGGGAUAAAAAAUAUCAUUCUUUGUGAAGUAAUGUUUUCUAUAGUUUGUGCAUUUUUUUGAAUGAAGAUUUUGAUCCAAGCUGGACCAUAAAUUGUAACUAUUACCGAGCCCUAGAUUUGUUUUUUUGUUUAGGAACUUAAGUUUUUAACUUGAAAUAAGACAUUACUUGCUGG